AUGCAAUCAGAUUCGUCUCCACAGUUGAAGCACUCCUGGGAGGCCGAUACCCCUACCGACGACAACACGGUUCCCUCCACAAUUCCCACCACUUCGAGCGAGACCCCAAAUUCGGAAGACUACCUCGUCGAGCUGGUCAACGUGUGGUCAUCCUGCAAUCUCAAAAUCAAACGCGAGUAUGCGAAAGCUCAGACGGACCACAGACGCUUGUCAAGCCACCGGAAAGUCUACCGCCGCCUCGCGAGAGCAGCCCACGAGUACCAAGAUGCGGAGGAGGGCAGCAUGGACCGUGAGUUCGAGGCUUCCCCCCACGACGGCGAGGAUGAGGAUGGCCUAGCUGCUAGAGAAGGAGAAGGAGACAGCACCAACGCUUCUGACGACACUCCCGUAAAUCUCGACGCGCCAGGUGCUGAAGCAUCUAAUCCACCCACCAAGAACGCCAACACCCCAACCUCUCCGAACCCAACGCCUCUCGACAGCAACAACGACCUCCCCCCUACCCUCUCCUCCACCAUUCCCCUCGCUACAGCCCAACGCCUCCGCCUCCGCGCCACCCACCUCCUCGGCCCCCCCAGCUACCUGGCCCUCGCCCGCGACGAACUGCGCUGCCUGACCGGCAAGCCCCCGCUCUUCCCAUCCCUGCUUUACCCGACCCUCGACGCCCACAGCAUAACAGGCACAGCAGACGUGAUACCCUCCUCCGCGGCACGCACACGGGCGUCCACGUCGCGCAACACUGAUCAUGGCGCCGUGCGCAAAGUCCCGAGGAGAAAAUGCUGCAGCGGCGGCCGCGGCGGCGCCCACGGAACGAAGGUGGUCUCCGGUCUCGGCCGCGGUAUUCGGCGCGCGGGACUGGGCUUGCUGCUAAGCUGCGGCGGAAGGCAGCGUGGACGGUAG